CGCGGCCUGGGCAUUUGCAUGGGCUGGAGCAAAGCGGCUUGCUCAGGGACAGUCUGUUUUUAUUUUUAGCCGGCCGCUCAGCUCGCCUGGCAGGGGGCGGGGCGGGGCCGAGGCUGGCUCCCCGCGGGGCGGCAGGACGGGGACACCAGCAGCGAGGUUGCUGCCGGCGAGCAGCAGCCAGCUGGUGCUGCGAGCUGCUCCGAGGCAGGGAGCCGCGGCCUCUCGCUCGAGGAUCUGCCCGCGGCUGGGGGGCGGCCACUCGGCUCUUCCGUGCGAGCCUCCUGCGGCGGAGGCACCGGCAAGGCUUUGCAAAUGGCCAGUCCUGGGCGAGAGCUGGAGGAGGUUGCGGCGCUGCAGCAGCAAGCUGCCCGCCCUGAGCCAGCCUUCGCCGAGGCGCGGCGCUGGAUCGAGCAAGUCACAGGCAGAAGUUUUGGUGACAAAGAUUUUCGUUCUGGAUUAGAAAAUGGUAUUCUGCUUUGUGAGUUACUGAAUGCAAUAAAGCCUGGACUGGUAAAAAAGAUCAAUAGACUGUCGACCCCUAUUGCAGGGUUGGACAACACCAUCUUAUUCUUAAGAGGCUGCAAAGAGCUGGGGCUUAAAGAAUCUCAACUUUUUGACCCGGGUGACCUUCAGGACACAUCAAACAGAAUAACAAUCAAGAACAUUGACAACAGUAGGAAGCUGAAAAAUGUACUAGUUACCAUUUAUUGGCUGGGGAAAGCAGCAAACAGAUGCACUUCAUACAGUGGAGCAACGCUGAACCUGAAGGAGUUUGAAGGAUUGCUGGCACAGAUGAGAAAGGAAACCGAAGACAUUGAGAGCCCCAAACGCAACAUUCGUGACAGUGGUUAUAUUGAUUGUUGGGACUCUGAACGCAGCGAUUCCCUUUCCCCCCCUCGCCACGGCAGAGAUGAUUCCUUUGACAGUCUGGAUUCAUUUGGUUCCCGCUCACAGCAGACACCGUCUCCAGAUGUAGUGCUCAGAGGAAGCAGCGAUGGGAGAGGCAGUGACUCUGAGUCUGACUUGCCACACCGAAAGAUGCCAGACGUGAAAAAAGAUGAUAUGUCUGCAAGGCGGACGUCGUAUGGCGAACCUAAAUCAGUUGUGCCUUUUAACCAGUAUCUCCCGAAUAAGAGUAACCAGACUGCCUAUAUACCAGCUCCUCUUCGGAAAAAGAAAGCUGAACGAGAGGAGUACCGGAAGAGCUGGAGUACUGCUACUUCACCACUUGGAGGAGAGAAGCCUUUCCGCAAAAACCACCCUGAAACCAUAGAAGAAGAACAAAGUGAGGCACCAAGACGACAUGAAGAGGAGCAGGUGGGAUGCAUGGCUUCCAGGACAAACCCCAGUAAAAGUCAAGUAGAUUUGAAUCAAAACAAAGGAGAGACCAUAGGUCAGUUUCCUUCAGGUAGUGCCAAAGAAACUGCAGUGCACAAGUGUAAAGAGAAAGAUGCAGAGGAGAUCAGAAAGUUAAGAAGGCUUGAACAAGCUGGUAUUAAGGUCAUGCCAGCAGCACAACGCUAUGGCAGUCAAAAGCAAAUAUGUGAAGAUAGUGAACCUACCCCAAACAUCAUCCUUCACAAGGAGAAACCCUCUAUGAUGCAUUAUCAAGGGAAGGAUUCUGGAUCAGAAGAUGAAGCUGUGUGCAGAGUUCCUGAUCUAGAAAAGGAUGACUUUGCAGCCCGGAGAGCAAGACUGAAUCAGCCCAAACUUACAGUGUCAUUUAACCAGUUUUUAGUUGGGCCCUGUACAAAUAAAGAUAAAGGUAAACUGGAAGGUGUUAAAAAGCCAUCACAGAAGGAAAAACAGGAAUAUGCCAGAGCAAACCAGGUACAUAUGGCAUCAGCGAGGCAAAUUGUUACACAUAAAGAAAACCCACUCCUGCAGUCUCAGGAUCCCGAGUCAGAGGAGGAAGAGCAGGUGAAAGUGCCUGAUAUUCAAAGAGAUGACCUAGCUAAACGAAAGACUCAAAGUAACCUUACCCAGCAACAAGAGUCUCCAGUGUUUGUGAAAGCUUCUAUAACACAAGCAGAUUUGGAGACGUGGGACAGACUGAAAGUGUCUGAGGAGCUCAGUGAAGAAAACCUCAAACGCUCCCAGGAUCUUGAACCAUCUGCUGAAAUUGCAAUGGAAGCAGCUGUUCGUGAUGAUUUUGCUAGCCGCAAAGCCAGAGCAUACAAAAAGGCUUUUAGCCCCAAGCAGAGGUUUGUGCACUUUGGGCCAGUGACUGAGAUUGAUCAACAGAAAUGGGAGAAGCUUAGUAUUGCCAGGGCCACAUCCAACAGAGAAAUCACAGAGGAGACUGGGAGGGAAAGUGCUGAGACACAGACUUGCCAUGAAAGCUUUGCAUCUGCCACUGCCUGCAGCCUCACUACCAUUGGACAUAAUAAUGAAGUCUCCAGGCCACAAAAUGAUUCCAGUGAAGUAGCAGGGUCAGGUACAGAUGAAUAUUGCCAAGGAAUCCAGUUGGCUGCCUGUAUUGUCUCUCAGAACCAAACUCCACGCAGAGUGAGUGAAUGGCAUGAAAGCAGGGAGGAAGAGCUUGAUGGGAGUUCACCAAACAGUCAGAGAGAUGAUAUGAUGACUAGAAGGAUGGGAACCUUUCAGAAGCAGACUAGCCCGGUUUGUAUGCCAUAUUCUCCCAUGUCAGUUGCCCAUCAUCCGCUGCAGCAACAGAAAGAAGUAAUUCAUAAGAGAGACUUGAAGACUCCACAGAAAGCAGAAAGCAGUUUGCCCUUGAACUGCACAAUGGAACAACAUCAUGGAACAGUUUCACCUGCCUCCGUGGGCUGCAAUGUGACAAGGGAUGAGAGCCAUGAGAAACUGAAAGAUCAUGACCAAAGUAGGGGUGGGACAAAACACCAAGUGAGAAUUCCAGAUCCAAGAAGAGAUGACAUGAUGGCAAGAAGAACUGGAGCUUUUCUAAAGCAGCCUGGACCAAGUGUUAAACAGUUCCUUCCAGUUCCUUUUUCAAAGCAGCAGAGUAGCCAGGAGAGAACUAAGGAACUUGUAAAGCCUGAAAAGAAAGUGAAGAGCACCACCACUGGCUCAAUCAACCAUGAAAAAUGUCCACGAAUCUGUGCUAACAGUCCUCAGAGACUGGCAGUGCAGCCUCAACACAGAGAAGAAAAAGAGCAAGAAAGACAACAUCUCCCUGGUACAGGACAAGAUGUGGCUUCCACUGUUCACAUGAGUAGUCAUAGUCUUGAUCAAAUUCACCCAGAUCAAACUUCACAGCUUCAGAAAGUUCCUGAGAGAAACAAAAAAGUGGUGUCAUCCAGAGACGAACAACUGCAAACAUUCGGCCCCAGAACUGCUGUGUCUGAUGACGCAGAGAGUCUGAGUAUGUUUGACAUGAGGUGUGAAGAUGAAGCUGUGAUGCAGCCUCACAGCAAGGCUCGCCAUGAAAAACUACAGCAUAUUCACAACCAACUGAAAGAGGAUGAGGACAGAUGGCAAGACGAUCUGGCACGAUGGAAAAGUCGCAGAAGAAGCGCUUCACAAGACUUAAUUAAAAAAGAAGCAGAGAGAAAAAAGAUGGAAAGAUUAUUGAGUGGCAGUGAUGGAACAAGUGAACGAAGGAAAAGCAUCAAGACUUACAGAGAAAUUGUGGAGGAGAAAGAGAGAAGAGAAAAGGAGCUGCAUGAGGCCUACAAGAAUGCCAGGUCACGUGAGGAGGCAGAGAGCAUUCUCCAACAAUACAUUGAAAGGUUCACCAUUAGCGAAGCUGUCCUUGAACACUUGGAGAUGCCAAAAAUUCUGGAAAGAAGCCAUUCAGUGGAGCCAAAUUCAUCAUCACCCCCGAAGGACCCAAAUCCUAUGAGAUACUUACGGCAACAAUCACUGCCUCCUCCAAAAUACACUGCCACGAUCGAAGCAACCAUUGUUCCCAUCAGCGAAUCGGAAGCCAGUGUUUCAACAGGCCAAACAUCUCCAAGCAAAACUGUUGUCUCCAAGGCUGUGCCUAUGCUGACACCCAAGCCUUACGCACAACCCAAAAACACACAACAGGUCUUGAAAACAUUUAAGGUAGAUGGAAAAGUCUGUAUGAAUGGCGAAACCUUCAAUGGACUUGAAGAGAAGGAUAAAGAAUGUACAACAGUGAUAUUUGCUCCUUCACUAAGAAGAUCUCCAAAGUUUGAAGGGGUCAGAGAGGAUGGAUCUCUGGUGGAACUGAAGCAGGACACCACUAGCAUUGAGCUCAGUUUAAAGAGGCCUGCCACUCACACUGUGCACAGAGAGCUGACAGCCUCCUUCACUGAAGAAGUUAAACCAGCCAACCAAAAAGAUGAAACUGAUGCUGGAAGGCCAGAAAUGAUGAAUUUGGGGUUUGCUUCACCAGGUGCAGAACAGAAACAAUUCAAGACAACUGUUACUUGUGCCCGCCCUGCUGUGCCCAGCAUGGAGUUCCCUCUUAGCACCCAUUCUGAAGAAGCAGCUUCAAAAGAUAAAGAUCUGAAGAAACCUGAGACAGAACAACAGAAGGAAGCAGAGAUCCUAGUUACACAGAAGGUAGUGAAGUCAAGUGCUCCAGAACAAGAAGGGGUUAUAUUAUUUCCAUUUUUGAAGAAAGUACCUGAGACCAGCCAAGUUAUUCUGCAGAACUCUGAUCAACAAGAGUCACCCAGCCGUGCCAGUGUUCCGCUUAGGGUUCGGAACUCCUGGCGACGCUCCCAGUUUUUCUCACAGUCAGCAGACUCUGAUAAUAGUGACAAGUCAAAUUGUUUCAGUUUCUGGUCCUGGGAUCCAGAAGAGGAACGAAAGCGACAGGAAAGAUGGCAGCAAGAACAGGAACGCUUGCUUCAAGAGAGGUACCAGAAGGAGCAGGACAAGCUGAAAGAAGAAUGGGAAAAAGCACAGAAAGAAGUUGAAGAGGAGGAGCGUAGAUACUAUGAGGAGGAGCGCAAGAUAAUUGAGGAUACUGUAGUUCCGUUUACUGUUUCUUCAAGCUCUGCUGAACCCCUCUCCACUUCUUCCUCUGUCACUGAAGGAAAUGGGACAAUGAACAUGAUGGAACUGAGUGACUCUCAAGAGGAAGAGAAACAAAAGGAAAUUAAAAGACAGCAGAAAUUACCCUGGGAGCAGGAGGGUGCAUCAUUAGCCAAAAACAAGAAAAGUGAGCCAUGCCUGGAAAAGAAAAGCAGUGUCAAUAAAGUGCCCACAGAACAUCCAGAGACUGUUCUUCAGAGGGGAAGUGAGCAGGAUCACCAGGUGUCAGUGACAGAACACAGCUCACCUGUCAUACUGAAUCUACCAUUGACUCAGGAUGUGUCGUGGAAUCAGCAGUUGUUAAUGAAACAGUCACAGCACAUUUCAGAAGAAGUUAGAGAGAAAACAUCUCUGGAUCAGAGCAUAGGCCAGCAGGCUAAUUCCCCAGGCGAAAGGAGAAGGACAGGCUGUCAUGAGAAUUUCAGGCCUGGACUGUCAUCUCCAUGUUCUCCUACACCUCAAAGCCACUCACCCAACAGGUCUGUCAGUGGAAAGAAACUAUGUUCUACCUGUCGUCUUCCUCUUGGAAAAGGAGCUGCCAUGAUUAUUGAAACGCUUGGUCUAUAUUUUCACAUUAAUUGCUUCAGGUGUGGAAUUUGCAAGGGACAGCUUGGAGAUGCAGCAAGUGGAACAGAUGUCAGGAUUAGAAAUGGUCUUCUCAACUGCAAUGAUUGUUACGUCAGAUCCAGAACUGCUGGGCAGCCAACAACGUUGUGACAGGAAUGUCAGUCCUAAAAACUUUCUGCAAGAAGGAGCCUCCCCAUCAUGUCCCUAGGGCUGCUUCCAGACAAUCACUUGUAAGAGCUCGUAUCCAUGGACUUCAUAGCUCCCAUCUCAUUUUGUAAUGCUCCUAUAAAAGGCUGCAUCUGCUACUUUAAAGCACAGUAUGAUUUUUUUCCCUUUCUUAGUGAAUUUGCAUAAUGUGUACGAAGAACAUUUGGUAAUUCAUAUCUGAAGUAUUAAAAAAGAGGCUUUCCAUAGUUUCAAACAAGUUUAUCAUUUUAAAUCUGUUGUUUUGCUCUUUUCAAAGUCAGAAAAGAUUCAAUAAACCUAUUUUGUUUUAAUACUUCUAGGAAUUAAAAAAUUAAGUUCACAGAACCGUUAUGGAAGUUCUAGAAUAUGUCCAUUCAAGAUGAGAAAUCGUUUAAAGAUAGCAUCUAAUUAGUGCAUUUGCAAAACUAAACAUCACAAGUGACUUUUCUGUUCUUACUGAAACUUUAGCUUUUUUACACAAAGACACUAGUUUAAUAAUACAUACUGCAAUUCUGAAACAUUUUGUUUUAUGUUACCUUCAGUGGAGGGUAGGAGUUAUACAAAUAAAUUAUUGCACCUUUAGCAUUAGGAUUUUUUUUCAGUGUGUGUAUACAUCAAGUAAUGUUCAACAAUAUAGCUUAAUAGUCUGUCAAAUAAAGAUUUCUUCAUUAAGCCUGAAAGAGUGUAUGCCAUUAGCAAUUGCAAAAAUCCCCAAUAGGAUAAUAAAGAGGAAAUCUUUUCUUAACGUGUACAGAAUUAUACAGUACUACCAAAUUCUUGGGGGGCUGGCGUGGAUGAAGCUGAAUCUAGCAGUGGUGGGUUGUUGGUACAGCUAAGGGGAUCUAUUGGCUUGUAAUUUUCUGAUGGCCAGUAGAGUAGUUACAAAUGAAUUAGAAGAUCUUAUGAAUCUGAUACCUUAAUGAGAUUCUAUAUAGUAGAAAUUCAUUUACAAACCAGACAGGUUGCUUUGGGUCCCAUAAAGGGUCAAUAUAAUUAGAAUGUGUCAAACUGUAAACAGCUGUGAUUCAGUGCAGUACAUCAGUGGACUUGAAUCUGUGUUCCUUGUACAUACAACUCUCAUUGCACUCGGGGUGAUUGUGAGUGUAUAAAGAAUGCAGGAUGAGGUCCAAUCUGUAACAUUUUACAAAACAAACACAAAAACUGUUAAGCGCAUUUGGGUCAGUUGCACCCUGUGCAUUAUAAUAAGUAUAUUCUCCCAUUAGUGCGUACCAGUAGCUCCCUGAAACAGCAACUGGAGCUGUGGGUGUAGAGGUCAAGAAUAUAGACACAUUUUAGCUGACACAUUACAGUUGUAAAAUAUUACAGUACUGGUUUCUAACUGUACUACAUGGUGAAUUUCAGCAGGCUGAUAAAGAGAAAUUAUUCGAAAGCAUCACACUUAGCAGCUUAAGAUGCUCUUUAAAAAUGGGGGGAAAAAUUUAUUUAUUCUGCCUUAAAACCAUGAUCAACUAAAUUAAGAGAUUCCUUAUUGUAUGUGACAGAAUAUGUACACAUCCAUUGUCUUUUGAUGUGUUGGUAAAAGGAAAUAAAGUGGAUAUUAGGUGAGCAAUAAUUUUUUUUCUAAGUGUUUAUAUUGAUAGCAUCUAUUUAUUUAAAAUGCUAGACAGUUAUUUGCAUGCAAGUUGCGUGCUCAUGCAGAAAUACUUUGUCACUGAAAACAUUUGUACAAUGUUGUAAUUUUAAGACAUUGUUGCUAUCUAAUAGAAAGUUGCAUAUUAUUUCAUUAAAACUGUGCCUUAGAAAAUGCAAAGCUGUUGCACACGGUGGUGACUUAUGGAUGCAAUAAAUCCCAAGAGUAAAGCUAACAGGACUUCAGAUGGGGGUUAUUUUUAAAAAAAAUAAAAUAAAAUAAAAACUACAAAAAAUAAUAAAAAAGAAACUUUUGGAUAUAUACAGCAACAUCCAAUGUUGUGAUUAACCGUCUGCAUGAUUUACUGUUCAAUGUUUUGAUAACCUUGAUGUUUCCAUGUUUACACUUUGCAUGUUGUCAUCAUAAUACUUUAUUGCAAAUAAUGCACAAUAUGAAAAUUCAAAAUACAGAUUUUUAUAAAGUACUUUUUUACAUCUAUCUAACUCCAACUGUUACACUAAUGGUAUGUGACUAUAUUAUAUUCUGGGCCUAAUUUUCAAAACAUGACUUCCAUUUUUGCAUGCUUGAGUGUGAACCUUUGAUAUUAGUCAUCAACACUUGUGCACACAGGUGAUAAGAUUUAGAUGUGUAAAUCAGUCACCUGUGUGUACAAGUGUUGGAUGUCACACAGGUUUGGUCUGUUUCUAAUGAAGUCAGUGGUAAACUCCCAGUGCUUUUAGCAGAAGCAUGACUGGAGACAAAAUGCAUGUGCAAGUUCGAGUUUUUAUGUGCAGAGUUGCAAACGCACAAAUGGAUCUCUAACUGAAGCCUCUUGAAAACAUAGCCCUCCUUUCUCUCAUUUUUUCAUAUAUACAUAUUUUAGUGGGGCUAAUUGCAUAUGUACCAAAGCUAAUACAAAGCAGCAUUCUUAGACCACACAGUGUUUUUCCAUACUGAACAACUAGUCACCAGCACAGAACAUUUUCUAAAUGCUAAUUGCCAAUGGUUUGUGUUUAUUUGAUUUAUUUUUUUUCAUUUGGAGCCUGUCAACUAGCAGUUCGGUCAGGCUAAGGCCUAGCUUUUUCCAAUUCAAACAUAAGUUUGAUUUUUUGUUUUUUGUGGUUGCAGGAAAAAUAAUGCUUUACUACAUUGAGCUACCACGUAAAUGUGUGUGUUUUACAAAGUGAUGUAUUGUUGCUGAGCAAGUACAAUGUAAUGUUUUUUAGCUCUUGCAAAAGCUUAUUUACCACCUUGUUACUUCAGAGAACAUGGAUAACUGUCAUAACCAUUUUAUAUAUUUCACUACCAAACUUCAUAGUGGUUUUCCUUACUCCUGCUCUGUAGUGUUAUUGAUGGAAUACAUACUGUAGCUGUCCAUGCAUGACAUAAUGGUUGGUGAGCUAAAAGGGAUCCACCUUAUAUGCAGGGACAAGAAUUACUGUCCUAGUUGGGCUAAUGUUCCAUACAGUGACACUAAUCUUCACUUACAAUAUUUAUUCUAAAAUGCCUCUGGAAAGUAGGAAAAAAUUGUCUAAAAUGCAACAGCUUUUAUAGUUAAUGUAUGUUUAUAAAUAAAAUGUAGAAUAAAUUUA